ACUGUUCAGAGUGAAAGUUUAGCGUGUGAGAUGCGUAGUGCAAUUAUUGCGUAACGUAGACAUGUCGUUCCAGCAAAUAAAUUCUCGACAAGAUCUUGCAAGCAGGAAGAUACUUGAAGAAAUCCAGUUAAAGAAACAGAUGCUUUUGAAGCAAGCCAUCGUCGAUGUCAGCUGAAGCCCAUAUGCUUUCUCCAUCACAGAGAGUUGCUAUGCAGCAAGCCAAUUCCAUGUCAUUUGGUUUCUUUAUUACUCAGGAUUCACUAUUUGGCAACCUUAUACUACCAGUGCUUCCUCGCUUUCACAAGUAGAUAAACUAUUGUAAAAUGGCGUGCUUGAAAUUAAAAGAACUUGAAUCUUGGCUUCAAGAUAUUGACAUUUUUGAAAAACCAAAGGUGUGGCUAGAGCAAUAUGCGACCUCUCCACACAUCGGUAGCCGUAUGCUAUAUACAAUGCAGUCUUGUUAUGGAGACAUAGCAGGGAAGUUGGUAGCAGAUUUGGGCUGCGGAUGUGGUGUUCUUUCGGCAGGUGCUGCAAUGCUUGAUGCAGCACAGUGUGUGGGAUUUGAGAUAGAUACUGAUGCUUUAAGUAUUUUUUCGCAAAACAUAUCAGAACUUGAACUUACAAACGUUGAUGUAGUGCAGUGUGAUGUGACUAAUGGGUUGCCAGUAUGUUUUGACAAAGUGUUUGAUGUUGUUGUUAUGAAUCCACCAUUUGGUACAAAACGCAAUCAAGGUGUAGAUGUUAAGUUUCUUGAAGUGGCUGUGAAAUUAGCCAGUGAGGCAGUUUAUUCUCUUCAUAAAACCUCAACAAGAGAAUACAUCCUAAAUAAAGCCUCAAACUGGAACAUGAAAGCUGAAGUUCUAGCAGAGCUGCGUUUCAAUUUACCAGCUUCAUAUAAAUUUCACAAAAAGAGUUGUGUUGACAUCGAUGUUGAUUUCAUUAGAUUUUCAUUUUUAUCAUAAAAUAAAUAAUGUAUGUCAGUA